CACUAUGCACAGACCUUGAACAUGUUACCGGACUCCACAGUUUGCACGUCGGGCUAUAAAUGUGACGAAGUUCAAACAUCGCCCUAGAGGUAUGCUUGAGAUGAAUGAUUCGGCCGCCCCAAUGUUUCGCUCAGCCGAUGACGAAAGAGCCCCAAUAGCGCCGCUCUAUGAAGGUGCAACUCCCUUGAUCGAGGAAGAUGCCUUUUUUUCGCCAGGUAAGCUGUCGAGCGUUGAUGAGUAUGCUGCAAACCCCCGCUUCCUCGAUCUACAAGAAGAACUACGAGCCGUUGUUUUCACUGGUGUUGCCAGUCUCGCUCCCAGCAGGUACAAUUCGCCCGCACACUCCGAGCCCGUCAAUGUACCUGCUCCAGAACUGUCAACGCAAAGCUUGGAUUUUACAAGAGUAUCAAUUCCAAAGGCCAGAUUAAUCAACUAUCUAAAGAAUUGGAUUUCCGAAUGCGCCCCGUACCUCGACAAGUUCGACGAGGCACGACAUUUCGGCGUCCAGGUCCCAAUUGUAGCGCAUGGCUCGCCAGCGUUAUUUUACGCAAUUCUAGCAUUUUCAGCUCGACAAACUGAAAGAAAAACUGGCCUUGAAAAGUCCCAUGAUAGUCUUGAACUCUACCAAGAGUCCAUCAGACUCUUGGCCCCGUCUCUGCAAGCCAAAGAUCCGAAUGUGCUUGUCACAGUCUGCAUUCUCGCCUGCCUUGAGUUGAUGUCUGUGAGCCCGAGGGAUUGGAGACGUCAUAUUGAGGGCUGUGCUGCUCUAUUUGAUUAUUUUAAUAUUAACGGGUUUUCCGGAGGUCUUUUACAGGCCGUUUUCUGGUGUUAUGCUCGCAUGGAGUUGUGUGGAGCAAUUGUUUCCGACGGGGCGGAGAGUACCGUGCUUCAUAUUGAUAAAUGGACCCCUAUAAUGUCUGAGAGUCCAGGCUCAAAAGAGAGGGAAGAGGAGUUAAUCAAAGACGCGUUCUUCCAGAAAAGCCGUCUGGUUCCUGAUAUGCACGCAAAUUGGGCUGUGUACUUGUGCGCUAAGACUUGUGAUCUAGCGUGCAGGCGAACAAGGUACCUGGAGUUAGGCGAAUUGGAUGAAUACGACUCUCGGCCAUCUAUUGAGCAGUGGAAUCGGUUAUGGGACGAGCUACAAUAUUGGAAUGAACAACGUCCCCCGGCAAUACUACCGAUCAAGACAACAGGAACUGGCAGUGGCCAGAUCUUCCCAGAAAUUUUGUUUGCUCAUUGGGCUGCAAUCUCGAGCAAUCAAUUGUACCACACUGCCUGUAUCAUAAUGCUGGAGAUCAGACCUGCGGACAGACUACCACGGUCGUCGAUGCCACAAUGGUCGGCUGUUUGGCACGCCAGAAGGGUCUGUGGAAUUUCAUUGACUAACCCACAUAGUGCCAACCUCAUCAAUGCAAUUCAGCCUUUAUACAUCGCGGGCAAGCUUCUUAGUCAUCGAAGCGAGCAUCUCGCUGUGGCCAGACUCUUUAAGAUCAUCGACAAGACUACCGGAUGGGGCGCUAUGUGGAGACUUAAAGAUCUCGAGCGAGCUUGGGGCUACGAUCCAGGCGAAAUAAUAUCAAUUAUGACCACUGAUAAACCUUGAGCUCAUGACAGCUAAGGGGCCUGUUCACACAUGGCUCGCCCCCACUAGUGGUAAUGCGACUAGUCGAGGUGCAUACUAGCUGAUAAGUCUUUAGCGCCUUAGCUCUAUCUACAGCUUUUUCUACAAAUUCCGUCAGCGCCAUGAUGGCUCAGUACUUUUCCCAGCGGAUGAGAUAUCGGAUAUCUUUGAUCAUGCGUGUUGGAACCGUAUAUGGGUCGUCCAAGAGUUUGCGGUUACGAAGGCCGUUAAGUUCGCAUGCGGCGGGAAGAAACUAAGCAGGCCGUCUUGCGAGGCUGCCUAUAGAGCAAUCACGAUGAUGGGAAGCUGGGCUCCGUGGACACGGUGCUGGGGUGUGUAGGGUUUGUGGGACUGGUGGAUGGAUAGGUGUGCUGGGGAGAAGGUGUCAUUGGGACUGUGUGGUUUAGAGC